AAGUAGCACAUUCGUAUUUCUCAAAACUCGAAUUCUCAAAUUCGGAACAAAAGAAGGGUUUUUGAUUGCUUUUAUUUUGGAUAUUUUUCUUCAAUUCUCUCUCCUCCCGGUAAACAAUCCCUAAUUUCCUCUUUUUCAGUUUCAAAUUCCUCCACUUUCCCCUUCUUUCGAAUCCAAAUCAUAGAAAACCCUAACUCCCGUUUUGCGCUGCAGAAUUAUUGCCAUGGCUAAGAGUUCAUUCAAGAUGGAACACCCUAUUGAAAGGAGACAGGCUGAAGCAUCACGCAUCAGGGAAAAGUAUCCUGAUAGAAUUCCAGUGAUUGUUGAAAGAGCUGAGAAGAGUGAUGUUCCUGAGAUUGACAAGAAAAAGUAUCUGGUUCCUGCUGAUCUGACUGUCGGUCAGUUCGUGUAUGUGGUACGAAAGAGAAUCAAACUCAGUCCUGAGAAGGCCAUCUUCAUUUUUGUCAAGAACGUUUUACCUCCAACAGCGGCGAUGAUGUCUGCAAUAUACGAGGAAAAUAAGGAUGAAGAUGGAUUCCUGUAUAUGACGUACAGCGGGGAGAACACAUUUGGGGUGCUGAUAUGAAAUAUUCACUACCACCAUCAUCCUUGUGAAUAGAACUGCCAUUAAAAAAAAAAAAAAGUAGUUCACUAGUUGCCUUAGUUGUAAAUUCUGUCAUUUUAACAAUUUCUCGUAAAGUUUAUGAUCUGUUCCACGACACUCUUUAUGAAUGCUAUGACUAGAUUUAACUGGCUUUUAUGCAGUUAUGCUUUCUACCUAAA